GAGAGAGAGAGAGAGGGGAAUGAACAACAAACCCUAGAAAGCAAGCUUUUUACCCUUAUAUAUUAAGAGUCUUCGUCCUCCCAACAAUUACCACCAAAGAACACACCUCGAUCGCACCAAGAAGUUGAUUUCCUCUAAGCCGCCGAGCGAAGCGCGUUUUCAUCGGAGAGACAAACGGGAGAGUGAAAUCAUGGGCCGAGCUCCGUGCUGUGACAAGGCGAAUGUGAAAAGGGGACCGUGGUCUCCAGAGGAGGAUGCUAAGCUCAAGGUCUACAUCGAGAAGUAUGGAACUGGGGGCAACUGGAUCGCUCUUCCUCAGAAAAUCGGGCUAAAGAGAUGUGGGAAGAGCUGCAGACUGAGGUGGUUGAAUUACUUGAGACCAAACCUUAAGCAUGGAGGAUUCUCCGAGGAAGAAGACAACAUCAUCUGCAGCCUUUACAUUAGCAUUGGUAGCAGAUGGUCCAUCAUCGCUGCUCAGCUGCCAGGGAGAACCGAUAAUGACAUCAAGAACUACUGGAACACGAGACUGAAGAAGAAGCUUCUGGGCAGGCGAAAGCAAUCAAAUGCCAGCCGCUUCUCAUCCACGGAUAAUCAAGAUGCGUGUAGCUCAGAAGAUUCGACUCAUCCGCCUGCUUUAAGCAGCUCGGCUCUCGAGAGGCUUCAACUUCACAUGCAACUCCAAAGGCUCAACAGCCCUUUGUCUUUCUACAACAAUCCAGCACUCUGGCCCAAGAUGCAUCCGCUUCACGAGAAGAUGAUCAACAACCUUCAGCUUUCGAGUGAAAAUCUCACUAGUUAUGUCCCUGAUCAAGUGCAAAUGAACCCACCAAGUGUUCCUAACCCCGAACACGACCAGAAUUUUUCCUCCUUCUAUGGGCCUGUCAUCGCUGCCAAUGCUAUCACUUCACUUCAUCAGGAGUCAUUAAUGAAGAUUAACGACUCGGAUAAGACCUCCCCUCGGCCCAAAGACAACGGCCUUGUCACGGAAGAGAUGCUAUAUGGAAACAAUAUGCAGCCAGCUGUAAUCUCAAGCUUAAUCCACAGUGAUCAUUAUCAGAGAGAUGGCCUUCUUGGUAAUUACUGCAAGACAUCGGGUGCAAACAGUUUCAUGUCACAGGAGAAUCAACAACACCAUCAGAUGAUGCUCGAUUUCGACUAUUGUUUCAAGGGGAUCUUGGACGACUCCAACUCAUGGGAUGAUUCAUCUUCUGCUGAUGUUCAAGCUGGACCGGGGGUGGGAAUUAUGUACCAAGAUAAUUACCAGACAAGCUACGAUAACCUCUAGUACUGUAUAUUAAUUAGCACAGUGUGACGCACAUAUAUAUAUAUAUAUAUAUAUUCUAUUACAUUAUUAUGCUAUUAUAUAUAUAUUAGAAUGGGAAAAAAAAAAGUGGGAGAGGGGCUGGAAUUAUAUUUAUCAUGGCAUGGCAGUUCAUGUAAAUUAGGGCAAAAAUAAGGGAGACAAUGUGACAUUUGUAGAGCAACUGUUGAAUCUGGAUUUUGCCCUUGCUGGUUAUCAAUACUUAUUUUCAUCCUGUGUGAUGAUGAUUUGAUGUAA